UAGUGGCUACCACGCCUGGCUGGCACAGCAACAGUCACAGUUGUCUAGCUGCUGCUUGGAUUCGUUACAGACAAGAAUGAAGUUACAAGUGACGUUAAUGUUGUUAGUAACUGCACAAAUGUGCUUUGCUUCUGCAGCAGAUGAGGACUGCGCUGCGGCGUCCGCCGCCAUGUGCUCGCAGCGCCGGCUGCAGUGUCCCUGCCCAGAGGUGUGCGCCGACGUCUACCUGCCGGUGUGCACGCGCUGCCAGGAUGGCCAGCAACACACCUUCCCCAACUGCUGUGCCUGGCACGCAGCGGUAUGCGCGCUGCAAGCGGACUGCGCCCUGGAGCACGAUGGCGAGUGCUGAUCAUUCGCAGCUACCCCGGCGGGCUGCUGACUGUAGUGGACACCUGAAUUACACGUCCAAAAAUAAAGGAAAACUAUAUCAUAUUGUAAAA